CGCUCCACAAUCUUAACCAGGCCAUCGAAGAAGCCGACAGAGACGACAAUGUCUGCACGCGGUAAAGGAGGAAAAGUGAAGGGAAAGCCAAAAUCCCGCUCAGUUCGUGCCGGUCUCCAGUUCCCUGUUGGCCGAAUUCACCGUCUGCUGAGGAAGGGAAAUUAUGCUGAACGUGUCGGUGCCGGAGCACCCGUCUACUUGGCAGCUGUGAUGGAAUAUCUUGCCGCCGAAGUACUGGAGCUGGCAGGAAACGCUGCUCGCGAUAACAAAAAGACCAGAAUCAUCCCCCGUCAUCUGCAGCUGGCCAUUCGAAAUGACGAAGAGCUGAACAAACUGCUCUCCGGCGUGACCAUUGCCCAGGGUGGCGUGUUGCCUAACAUACAGGCCGUUCUGCUGCCAAAGAAGACUGAAAAGAGGACCUCCGCAGCAACUUAA